AACCACCAGCCUUGGGUCCAUGGUUUACUAUGCUGUCGGGCUCGGAGGGUCCGCUAUGGAGGAAGGUUCCAUCCUUUACUGGUCCCGUUCCCAGGCCAAGGCACGGGCAUCGAGCUGUGGCUAUCCGGGAGCUAAUCGUCGUGUUUGGUGGAGGGAACCAGGGCAUUUCGGACGACUUGCAUGUUUACAACACAGUGUCUAGGCAGUGGUUCCUUCCAGCCAUCAGGGGAGACAUCCCUCCCGGCUGUGCUGCUCAUGGCUUCGUCUGCGACGGUACGCGCAUCUUGGUGUUCGGCGGGAUGGUGGAGUUCGGGAAAUACAGCAACAAUCUGUAUGAACUUCAGGCGAGUCGCUGGCUAUGGAAGAAGCUGAAGCCCAAGAGCCCAAAGAACUCCUCUCCUCCCUGCCCGCGCAUCGGCCACAGCCUCACCCUCAUCGGCAACAAGUGCUACCUCUUCGGGGGUCUGGCCAACGAAAGUGAGGAGCCCAGUGGCAACGUGCUAAGGUACCUGGACGACCUGCAUGAGCUGGAGCUGCAGGCGGGCUCAGGGGUGAAGGGCUGGAGCAUCCCAGACACUAAGGGGGGCGGCCCCACCCCACGCGAGUCCCACGCGGCUGUGGCCUACUGCAGGCCAGGCCAGGGACCCCGGCUGUACGUCUACGGCGGCAUGUGUGGCCACCGCUACGGGGACCUUUGGCAACUUGACAUCGACACUAUGACGUGGUCCACACCAGAAACGCGCGGACAGUGUCCUGUGGCCAGGAGUCUUCAUUCAGCCAACGUCAUGGGAAACAAAAUGUAUGUGUUUGGAGGAUGGGUGCCAGCUGUGGAGGAGGAGAAUAAGCCCAAUGCCUCCAAUAUACAGUGGAUCUGCACCAACACGCUAUCGGCGCUGAAUCUUGACACCAUGACAUGGACACCACUGAUCCCCGGUUGGGAGCACCAGGACCAGGACAGGCAAUACUUCCAGCAGCAGCAGCAGCAGCAACAGAGGCAGAAGAGGGGCCUGGAGGAGGCCCCGAUGGGCAUCCCGGGGGCCCGCGCCGGACACUGCUCCACCACCAUCGGCUCCCGCCUCUACAUCUGGGGCGGGCGUGACGGCCAUGACAAGAACCAUAAGCGCCAGCUGUGCCACAAAGACCUCUGGUACCUCGAGACAGAGAGGCCAACUACUCCAUGCGCCGUGCUGCUGGUGAAGUCCACCAUCACCAUGCUUCAUGUGGCGUGGCGCCCCCUGCCUGCCGGGGAGUAUUACCUGCUGCAGCUGCAGCCUGUCAGGCCCCCUCCGCUACCUCCACCUCCACCUCCACCUCCACCCUCCUCCGACCCUGUUGAUGACCCCCAGACUGCUGCCACUGAGAUGGUGCAGGAGGAACCCUCACCAGAGAACACUCAUGGGGCCAGCCGAGACAGCCCUAGCGGGAAAGCACCAGGGAAGAAGCUGACUUCUCCACUGAAGGGAGGGGUUGUGGUUCAGCCCCCGGUGGAGAUCUGUGAGACCAGCUUCCCCCAGACUUCCCUCAAGGCUAACACUGACCGCACUUACCCAGGGAGCUCCAUGGAUGCCCAUAACCUGCCCCCACAAGGUAAAGAGAGCCUGGAGGAGCCCGUGUGGUACGACGUGGGCGUCUUCAAGACCCUCUACACCGAGCUGACCGAGUACUACCUGCCCCCCACCGGGGGAGAGGAGCCCCUGCCACCCCCUUACCGCUACACCAGCUCCAGAGAGGUGAAACAGUGGCUCCAGCGUCGCUACGACGGGCGGGAGAAGCACUCUCUGGAGCCGGGGGUCACCUACCGCUUCAGGGUGGCAGCCAUCAACAGCUGUGGCCAGGGGGACUUCAGUCCCGUCAGCGAGUACAAGACCUGCCAGCCCGGCUUCCCUGGGGCGCCCUCUGCUGUCAAGAUCAGCAAGGUGUCUGAGAAUGUGCACAUCAGCUGGGAGUCCCCCACCUCCCCGUCGGGUAAGAUCCAGGAGUACAGCAUGUACCUGGCGGUGCGCAACAAGGGCCGUGGCGGGGGCAGUGGGGGUGGGGCGGCGGCGAUGGCCACCAGCACCCCGUCUGGGGACAUGGCCUUCAUCCGCAUCUACCGCGGCACCAAGACCUCCUGCACCGUCACCCCCUCGCACCUUAGCGACGCCCACAUCGACUGCACGGCCCGGCCCGCCGUGGUCUUCCGCAUCGCAGCCAAGAACGAGCAGGGCUACGGGCCCGCCACGCAGAUCCGCUGGCUGCAGGAUGCCAGCAAGCGGAAAAGCUCCUCUUUGGAAUCUAAAGGUAACUCCGGGGAUGCUGAGCAGGAACCUAAGAAAAGAAAACACAGUCCCAACUCCUAACCACUGCAGUGACCUUUGACAGUUUUAGUUCCAUGUUUUUAGAGUCACUGCAUUGGAUCUCUUUGAAGAAUCAUGCAAUGCUUUUACACUGUUUUGUAUUGUGGUGCACCCUGGAUUCUAAACUAGAUUGCAGUGAAAGAUAUGUGCAUCCUUAAAUGUUUUAAUUCAUGGGGAAAUAGUAACACUGUGUACAAUGUAAAACACGACACAGAAGAGGGUGAAUGUGAAGUCAAGAAAUGUACUGCUAAUGUUACAAGUACAUGUUUUUCUAUUACUGGUUUUAUUCUGUUCUUGUACAUAUGUAUUUAUGUAAAUAUUUUUAAAGUUUUUUUUAUUUGUUUUAUCCUGUGCCAUACUGUAAAUCCCAUGGCCCUUACAAUACUUUAAGUGUCACCUUUUCAUUUCAUGACUGAAGUGUGGAAUUCAGUGUACUAGUUAGCUCACGAGUGCCUUGGAGUCCCAGUUUGUGACCUAUUGCAUUCUGGAAUGUGUUUCCCCCACAUCAGUUUGCUAACCAUUUUCCAAGUAACAAUUGGUUCUCUAGUUUGCCCUUGAGUGCUUGGUGUACAAUACUGUAUGCGUGAGUGGCAUACUGGCUGGCCUCAGCCCUGGGAUAUUGAAAGCGGAGAUCAUGCUGGAUGAGAUCCGCGUCCACCCACAUUGUAUAGGAGUGUAGCUGGGUGCUUGUGAAUGGAGGAGCAGGGGGAGAUGGUGGGACAAUCUGGAAAGCCUUCACGCAAGACAAGUGAAAGGGAAAGGAGGGGUUUAAAUAUCUGCUAAGGCGGGAGCAAGUAAUGACGGCUGUCAAUCACUCACAGGCUUCCUCCCAAACCAUGUUUAUUAUGUAUAAACAUAAUUUGUUGUGAAUAGGUAGGUUUCACUUCAACCAACAAAUUCGGUAAGUUGGUUGGCAACUAUGGCAGGGGUGUCAAACAAGGCCCUGGGGGCCAGAUGCAUCCCACCAGAUGGUUCCAUCCAGCCGCUGAUCUGAAAUGAGUUUGACACCCCUGAACAAUUGUCUUGCUAAAUCCUAAAUGCCUCUGUAACUGACACCAUAUUAAUUGGUUAAACCAUUUUUCUGGUAGCGACUGACUUGAUAUGGAAAAAUAGAUGUCUGGUGACAUGUUUUUGCAUUAAAAUACAUUUCAAUUAAUGUUUAAUAUCGAGUUUCAGGUCAACAUGAGAGUUGUUUAAGCAAUAAAGCACUUAUUUGUUGUUGUGCCAUAUAGUCAGAAGUACAGGUAAGAAUACCUUGUGCAUGUUGUAGCAACAUCUACCUCUCAAUGUUUGUGGUGAUUUUGACCUUAGCAAGCCACACGUUUUCCUUUGAAUACCAUUAAAGAUGUCUGGUCCAAAUUUCUUAAAUUAGUCUUCUAUUACAACACAAAAAAUGUGGAAAAGAUGUGUUAUUGUAUCUGGGUACCAUUAUCACAUUGUCACAUUUGAUUCAUAAGCCAAUGUAAUGUCAAUUAUCUGUUUAUUUUGUGCAUUUCAUUUAAGUUGUUUUUGAAUAAAAUUCUUCAAAAUUGUA